AUGUUUGGUGAUCACGGUUCAUUUUGGCGACAUCUCCAAGGACCAUUUUGGGAAGCGGUCAAUGCAUAUGGACCAGAUAGUGAUGAGAUGAAUCCAAUAUUGAUGCCACUGAAGCAAGAGCAGAGAAAAAAGGUGGUGUUACACAUUCCGAAAAUAUUACCUUAUCCGGAUGCACCUUCUUUUUGUAACUAUGAUGAUGAAGUGAUUUCGUGA